CUCCCGCCACACGAUCGAAUUCCUUCCCAAGGAACGACAAGAACGCGAGUAGGGGAAGAUUGCAAGUGUGUCUUCCGUUGCAAUGGCCUCUCAGAGCCCGACAGAUGCCGUUCUUCCACUGUGGAAGAAAGCUGGGAAACCGGGAAAAGAGAUGCAGAAGACUGAAGAAGAAAAGAAACCCGCAGCUGCGAAAAUAACGGAAUCGACGAAGCCCAUUUUAGAGGAACAAGCACUGCUGAGAGAAAAGCUGAAAACUAUGCCAACGUGGAAGAAAGAUAAAGAACCAGCUGUGAAGAGGAAAACACAACCGAUGGUAGCCAGGCCUCCUUCACCUGGAACAUCUUCUGGUGCUAGUGCCAGGUCCCAAGCUGCUCAGCUUGGAUCAAUGCCAGUGAAGGUACCAUCUCCUCCAACCCGGCGACGCACACCUGGCAACUCACCUUCCAAUUCUGUAUCAUUCUCAUUUCCACGGAGUUCAUCUCCUGUCUAUGAAGUGUCAAAUGAAUUCAAACGCAAAGUAGAGAAAGCCAUGCGAGCAAGACUCUACCUCUUACAACAGUCAGGACCUAACUCUUUUCUCAUUGGUGGAGACUCACCAGAUCAUAAAUUCCGUGUCAUGAUUGGACCACAGGUAAAUAAAUCUGGAGUACUCUGGACUAUGUAUUUUGUUAGAUCUCCGAGUCGCAGUAUACGAUCUGAACUGCCAAGGGUGGCAGCACCUUUAGGGCCAGAGGAGGUCACUUUGCCGCAUUCAGACCCAGUACCAGCCGCCCAAAUGGAACUGGCAAAACCAUGGAUUGAGGCAUUUGGAGAGAACCUUGUGUGCUGCUUAUUUUCUCGUGAAUGGAAUGUGCGAGAAACAGCUCUGCGCCGCCUGAGCAAGGAUAUCAACACAGUGUUUUUAGAAGGUAGCAGCGCACAGAACAUGGCCGCCUUUGAAGCAGGCUGUUCCCUGUUAUCCAUGAUGUGUGGCGAUCCUGUUUAUCGAGUUUACGUGGCUGCACUGAGAACUCUUCGUGUAUUGGUGAUGUACAUGACUUACUCCUCACAACAAGAAAAAAGACAGAUCCAGAAGUACCUGUUUGGUGUUGUGGAAGCUGUGUUAGCAAAGUGUGCUGACUCUAACCGGCGUAUUAGCACCUUGUCCAUACAGGUUCUGCUGGAACUCUGCAAGGAUGAAUCGGGAGACCUGGCACUCGGCAAAAUGCUUGGUGAACAACACGAACCACAGUCUCUGGGCGGUCUGAACUUCAUUUUAUCUUGUAUCUUACGGACUGCGGCAGAAUAUGCCACCUGGCCAUGGUGGCUGGGACGGCUUAUGUUUCUACGGAAACUAAUGGAUGAAUACGUCAGCGAGUUUGAGCUCUCAGCUGAUUGUGCAUCUGUCCAAAUGGAGGCUGCUGGUGUUCUCAUCCAGGCAAGGGGAGCAAAUGUCAGUGAGGAUGAAGAUGAAAUUUAUCAGGACAAUGUAACUCGGCUGAUGUCAGUGUUGAAGUUUACUGUGCAGGCUGCGUACUGUUCCCACAGCAAGGUCAGCAAGCUUGCAAUUGCUGUCCUGAUGUCUUGCACUUCACUAGCAUCACAUUCCCCAUCUGCUUUUAAACACAUCAAGAAAGUUGUCUCUAAGCUCAAGCCAGCUCAGCGCAGUGCUCUUCAUCGUCAGCUUCAAGCAAUCCCUAGAGUCAGUACAGCUCCGUCGCACAGCAGCAACACUGUUGAUAGUAUUCAAUCUCAAGCCAGCACUGAUCCGCCAUCUUCAAAUACCAGCUAUCGGGAUUCAGCGAUUGGCAGCUUGUCAUCAGCAGCAUCAGAUGACGAAACUGACAACUUUUCAGAAUCUGAACUUUUUCAAUCCAUUGUGGACACCAUCGAAAGACCAGAGUCGUUUUGCUUUUCUCCCAAUGCUCUUUCUCCCAAUAAAGAACUCAAUCUCGAUUGGAGCAGGUCAAUAGAGGACUCUCCUCAAAUGCCACCUGUCAAGUUGGCAGUUGGAAAGAAAUGCCUGGAGAUAAUUGAGCAGGAGGAAGCAGAAGCCAUGGCUAGGGCCAUAGCUGUCUCCUCGCAUGACCGUGGCCCCUCUAAGAUAGCAAGUCUGGAUUCAGGUGAUGAAAUGGUUAUCGUUUUUACACAACCAGAGUCCUUGGAAAAGGCCGUCAACUCAAAACAUCUGUAUCUGGAAGGAGUUCAUUGGAAAAAAGGAGAGCUACUAGGGACUGGUGCCUACUCAUCUUGUUAUGCUGUCAGAGAUCUCAUGAAUGGAUCGCUUAUGGCUGUCAAACAGGUUUCUUUCUGCCGUAAUUCGACCGAGGAACAGAACAAAGUGACUCAGACCAUAGACGAUGAAAUUUCACUGCUGGGCAGACUGAAACAUCCUCAUCUCAUCAAAUGUCUGGGUGCAACAAAACACACAGGGCACUUCAACAUCUUCCUAGAGUGGAUGCCAGGCGGGUCCAUCACAAACCUUCUAAAAAAAUAUGGUGCGUUUGAUGAAAAGAUUGUGAUCGACUACACCAGACAGAUUCUUCAGGGCGUGGCCUACCUUCAUCAGAACCAAGUGAUUCACAGAGAUAUUAAAGGAGCAAAUAUCUUGGUGGAUUCAUCAGGACAGAACAUUCGCAUAGCAGAUUUCGGUGCCGCAGCGAGGCUAGCAACUCAAAUGACUGGCGCUGGUGAAUUCCAAGGACAGCUGCUUGGAACGAUCGCCUUUAUGGCUCCCGAGGUCUUGCGUGGAGAGAGCUAUGGUCGCAGCUGUGACGUAUGGAGUGUAGGAUGUGUCAUAAUAGAAAUGGCUGUCGGGAAACCGCCAUGGAACGCCCAUGAACAUUCCAAUCACUUGAUUGCCUGCGCUGAGUGCCCACCCGACAUUCCUGAGAAUCUAAACCCAGCACUUAGAGACGUUUUACUAAGGUGCCUUGAAGGCAAACAAAAUGAGAGACCAUCUGCUAUGGAACUCCUGAAACAUCCAUUGUUUACUCAGAUGUAAACGUCGGAUAAGCUACUAAUUACUAUUUCUUGAGAAUGUGCGCUCAACGUGAGUGAAUACACGUGAUUCUUUCGUCAAGUCGUGUUCGAGAGCUCCGCCAAGGGCGCAAACCCGUUGAGAAACCCGAGAAACUUCGGAGCCGUGUUGUCCAAUCAGGAAACAGUACGAAGCUUACGUCAUGUCGGCUGUUGCGUAGCACGUUUAGUAACCUCUACUUUUUAACUGCUCAAAGCAGUUCUUUUACAUCCAAGUUUGGAGUCUUGACAUUAUUUCAUAGUCAGUUAUUCAUCAGAGUUGUUGUAAUUGAGAUUAAUAUUAUUACCUGAAAAUUGAUGACUUGUACGCAGUCGUGAUGUAAAGCUGUAUAAACUCUUACCAAACUGCGCAAUUUUAGGAAAACAACUAUUUACUGUCUGUUACAAAAAUGGAACAAAUACUAACAUAAAACGAUUUUUCUCAAAGAACUUUUUAGACAUUUCGUCUACUAUUUCUACUAAAACGUACGUUACAAAACUUUUCUUUAUGAUGUAAAUUUAUGGUACAACCGUAUUUUAACAGCUUACCUCCUUUUCUCUCGUGUAUAUACAUAAAAAUCUCUUCUUUGAAAGUUGUCUUUCGCCCGAUUUGUACGUGUUUUUGAGAUAUAAAACAAAGUAGCAACAUAUAGUCUAUUUUAGAGAAUGUAAAGUUAGUAUUAUAUCAGUUUGAACUUCUUAUGGAAGGCUUUUAACAUAAACAUACUUUUAUAUAGCGUUUUGUUUUCAAGAUAGCUUUUUAAUCUGGUAAUAUUCUUACCAAUCUUAAACUCCUUGGUCAGCGGUAGAUCACCUGUUGAGCGUAACCUGGGUACGAGCUAAGUUUGUACUUUCAAACAUUGUAUAACAAUGGUUGUAGUUAAAGUCGUACUUUUUCCAGAGAGUUUCGCACAAUGCCAUAAGGCUUGCUGAAAUUGAAUCUUUACUGUGAUACUGUUGUGUUUCGUUGUUCAAGUGCCCUGUGGCCUGAGAAUAAUAAGAAUCAUGUAAAAUUAAAAUGUUUGUAUGAAA